AUGGACAUGGACGCGUUAGACAACAGUUUCUUAUCUCUCUAUGCGGAGAACCUCAAGGCGGCCGUAUAUUCCUGCCGUGAAAGUUCCGUAGAGCAUCCAUGGUAUGGACCAUAUUACGAUGCACUGAGGAAGAUGCUCCUGGACGCCGGAGACAAGGCGUAUGCCAUCGUCACUCCACAGCAUGCUCUCGUGAGGACUGUGCGUACGAACGACGGCAAGCUAGUCAGGAAGAUGAAGAUCACGGACUUUGGCGGCACAGUUCGCAAGCCCAUUACCACCGACAAAGGAGAAUUGGAUUAUAGAAACGAGACAUUGGUCUUUGUGAUGGAGAAUAAAGCUCUCCCUCCAGCAUAUAACACGCCUGUGAAAGUCAAGGAGGCUUACAUGGCAAUGAAGGGUCAGGUUGAAGAUCAAGUCAGGUUCGCUUCCGAUGUCAACGGACCGGGGGCUCACGCAGUGCUUGCCUUCUAUUGCAUUGGCGAAUACUGGACCUACAAUAUCUUCAACAAAGCCACUCUCACCCCACCGUCCGACAAUGAAGACGAAACAUAUCGAUAUUCUUCGGAUGAAUCUUCCGACUCCGAAAUCCUGGAGGCUAGGGGAAAACUUAAUAAUGCGGGUGGCGCAAACAUCCAACCAGAAAUCCAUUUCAAUACACUUCUCCUCUCAGACGAUACACCAGACGAUGGUGCCUUCGCUGCCGCCUGCAGGGAACUCAAGGCAGUGAACAGAAGCCUGUUCUGA